GCAGCCAGCUUGCUAUUGUCAGGUUGGAGUUAUGAUCCUCUGGCUCCAAGAGGGCUGGUAAUGUAGGCUCUGUAGGUAAUGCAUUUCUGAGAUGUGCUGGUAAUGUCUGCUCUGUAGACAGAUCAUCUCUGAGAUGGACUGAUAAUGUCUACUCUGCAGAAAUGAGUUCAGGAUUGUGAAAUUAGUGUUUGUCACAUAGGACACUUGAUAAAAACAGCUGUUAUUGUUAUUAGUAUCAUCUGCCAUGAUGACCAUAAUCUAUUAUAUAUAAUAAUUUGGCAAAGAACUGCACAAUACCCUUUAUUAAUAGUUUUGAUCUGCUGAGCACCCACCAGGUAUCACCGACUAUUCUAGAGGUACUGGUGUCAUACCAGUGAGCAAAACUCAAGUCUUGCCCUAUGUAUUUAUAUUUUAGUUGAGAUGGACAGAUCAAAAAUGCAUGUAACAUUUACUGUUAGCACUGCAGAGAAAAUGAAGACAGGGUGAGGUGGACUGAGGAUGAUGGUCUGCUAGGAAAUGUCACUGUUUGACAUAGGAUGUCAUAGAAGGCUAUUUUAAUCACGUGACAUUAGACUAGAGGCUUGAAAAAAACAAGCGAGAGAGAUUGUAUUAAUUAUCCAUUGCUGUAACAAAUCACCCCAAAUCUCAGUAGCUUACCUCACAUUUCCCAGUUGCUGGAGCUCAUGACUCAUGGUGGGCAUCUUCAGACCAGGGGUUUCUGUCACAGUACCCUGAAGCUGGUGUUGUGAUCUCAUCUGAAAGCUUGCCUGGGUGAUGGGACUUGGACAGGCGAGAGGCUCCAUCUCCUGGUGGGCACCUGUUCCUCUCCACAUGGACUUUUUCCCAGAACUGCCUCAGAUAUGGCAACUGGCUGCUUUCAGAACAGAUGACUCAAGACAGAAUGAGAGAUCAUGAGAACCUAAGAUGGAGACUACACAGUUUUAUGACCCAGCCUUAGAGGUGACAUCCUGUCAUUUUUGCAUGUUCUUUUCAUCAGGAGCAGUUGUUAGGCUCAGUCUCUACCCAGGGUGCCAUGGUAGAGGCUCCCAGGAGCCUUGCAGCCGAGAGAAUAGCUAGUACAAAGGCCCCAGGCUGGCACCAUGCUGGAUCAGGUCAAGGGUCAGCAAAGGAACCAGUGGGCUGUGGUAAAGCCAGACUGGGCAUCAUUAACUUGGGCACCAGUGAGAACAAACUCUGCUUUGACCUUCUGUCCAGGCGGCUGACAAAGAGUGACAUGCUUCACAUGGAACCAUCUCUGCUGCAGUACCCUGACUGGAGGGGACAUCUGUUUCUCCGGGAAGAAGUAGCCAGGUUCCUGUCUUUCUAUUGUAAGAGCCCAGUACCCCUCAAGCCAGAGAACGUGGUUGUUCUGAAUGGCUGUGCCUCUCUCUUUUCCGCUCUGGCCACAGUGCUGUGUGAGGCAGGAGAGGCUCUCUUGAUCCCCACCCCUUACUAUGGAGCCAUUACCCAGCACGUGUAUCUCUAUGGCAACGUCCGACUGGCCUAUGUCUACCUGGACAGCAAGGUAACUGGACUGAACACACGUCCCUUCCAGCUCACAGUGGAGAAACUGGAGAUGGCCCUGCGAGGAGUUAAUUCUGAGGGUGUCAAGGUCAAAGGCCUAAUCCUCAUCAACCCCCAGAACCCUCUGGGUGACAUCUACUCCCCUGAAGAGCUACAGGAGUUCCUGGGAUUUGCCAUGAGACAUCAGCUGCACGUGAUCAUGGAUGAAGUUUACAUGCUGUCCGUGUUUGAAGAGUCUCUUGGGUACCGCAGUGUCCUGAGCCUGGAAAGGCUACCUGACCCCCAGAGGACACAUGUGAUGUGGGCCACCAGCAAGGACUUCGGGAUGUCUGGGCUCCGCUUUGGCAUACUGUACACAGAAAACCAGCAUGUGGCUACUGCCGUGGCCUCCCUCUGUCGCUAUCAUGGCCUCAGUGGCCUGGUCCAAUACCAGAUGGCACAGCUGCUCCGGGACCAUGACUGGAUCAGCCAGGUGUACCUGCCAGAAAACCACGCCCGGCUCAAGGCUGCUCAUACCUAUGUCUCAGAGGAGCUCAGAGCCUUGGGGAUCCCCUUCGUGAGUCGUGGGGCAGGCUUCUUCAUCUGGGUUGACCUGAGAAAGUACCUUCGCCAAGGCACAUUUGAGGAGGAGGUGUUGCUCUGGCGCCGAUUUUUGGACAACAAGGUGCUGUUGUCCUUCGGUAAGGCCUUCGAGUGCAAAGAACCUGGCUGGUUCCGGAUCGUCUUCUCAGACAAGGAGAACCGGCUCUGCCUGGGGAUGCAAAGGGUGCGGCAGGUGCUCGAAGGGCAUUCUCAAGUGGUAGAAGAUGCCUCUCCUCGUCACACUCAGGAUCCAAGUGCCGGCCCGUGUGAGCAGGCCACUGCCUUGCAAGCAGCCGAGGUCCCUAUGACCCAGACAUAUAGGGCCACGGAAGACUGAGUGUGGAUGUGCCAUUUGUCGGUAGGAUUUUGUCACUUGGAUUUGGCUUUGAAGAACUGCUUCCUGCCCUCCCUGCUGGCAGUGGGAGGGUGUUUAAACUGAUGUUAUUUUGGGCUGUUGCUGUCCUCUGUUUGGUGGGAUUGGGACCAGCCAGAUGCCUGUGUUGUGAACAGUGUACAGGAUGUGGAGUCGUGACUGCUCCUAAUCACAACCCCUCCCUAGGACACAAGAGUAAACAAGCAACUGUUCAUUCACUGUGA